GUUGUAUGUGGUGUGAUGUGGUCGUAUGCAAUGGUCAGCAAUGAAGGGUUCCAAACUGCUUCAAACUUUCUAUGAUUUUAUUAAUAGAAGUAUCAAUGUGGAAAUUGCUGCCGAUUUAAUAAUGGAAGAUAACACUACACCAUCAAUUAAUCCUUGGAAUACAUUAUCCACAAUGACGACAUUUGAUACAGGCAGUGAUGCAAAAACUACAAUAUGUGUGGACAAUGAUAGUAGUCACAACAGUGGACAAGUUGUGAGCCUAGUUACACCUUCUGUCAGUCUCUUAAUCGAAUCACUUAUACAGCAACUUUGUACAUUGUUUGAAGGUGAUACUGUUCGCAGAAAUAAAUUAUAUUUUG